AUGACUACAGGAUCAACUAGUGCGUUAGCAAACAAGAAACCCGCUCCAACAGCAUCAGCUGAAGGUGCAGCAGCCAGUGGAUUACGUAAUCGACGUCCGGUGGCUGCAGCCCGUUCGGGUCAAAAUACAGGCCGUGGAAUGGGUGGAAGUACAGCUGGGAUUCUACGCUUUUAUACGGAUGAUUCUCCUGGUCUUAAGAUUGGACCGACGACGGUCUUAGUGAGUUGUCUCACAUUUGUGGGCUUUGUCGUGCUUUUGCAUGUCUGGGGCAAGUUUCGUGGCUAG